AUGCCCGAGGCUGAGGAAUAUACAAUUGGCUGGAUCUGUGCUUUGACCAAAGAGCUCAUCGCAGCCAAAGCAUUUCUCGAUGUUCCCCACGAUCCUGUUGAUAACGCAGCGAUUAACGACGACAAUAACUACACGCUCGGCAGAAUUGGAAAGCACAAUGUUGUCAUUGCAGUCUUGCCGUACGGCCAAUACGGUCUGGUCAAUGCCGCAGCUGCCUUGAAAGACAUGACUCGGACGUUUUCUAACCUGCGAGCUGUGCUCAUGGUCGGAAUUGGUGGUGGCGUCCCAUGCACGAAAGAUAUCCGCCUGGGUGAUAUUGUUGUUGGAUCUGUAGGUCGAAACAGUGGCGGCGUCAUUCAGUACGACUACGGAAGAGCGAUCCAUGGCGAGGAAUUCACUGUUACUGGUCAUUUGAACCAACCAUCUAUGGCGUUCCUAACAGCUAUGAGUGCUCUGCACGCUAGGUAUGAGAUGGAAGGUCACAGCAUUGACAGCAACAUCGAUAAAGCACUCCGAAAAUACAAACGACUAGGCAAGAAAUACAAGAGGCCAGAGGCUUCCACCGACAGAUUAUACAAAGCAGACUUCGUUCAUGAGGGAGGCGAGGGCGUAGUCUGUAGCAAUUCUUGCGGCGAUGACAAGCUGGUACACAGAGACGAACGAGGCGAGAACGAAAACAAUCCUGCCAUUCAUUACGGCUUGAUAGCUUCAGGCAACCAAUUGAUGAAGGAUGCACUUUUACGCGAUAAGCUCGCAUCGAAGCAUGGCAUCUUGUGCUUUGAGAUGGAAGCUGCAGGGCUGAUGAAUCACUUCCAGUGCGUGGUCAUUAGGGGGAUCUGUGACUAUUCUGAUUCACAUAAGAACGAUGAGUGGCAAGAGUAUGCGGCUAUGGCCGCCGCGGCCUAUACCAAGGACCUACUUCUUCAAGUAGCUCCGAGCAGCGUGCAGAAGGAGGAACGAAUUGAAGCUCUUUUGGGACAGGUGAAUGAAAUGGUUGAUGAUAUUCACCAGAUGGCCACGGAAAGCAGUCGUGACAUAAGAUCUCUUUCGUCCAGCGUUCACGACAAUGCUAUAUCGAGAUGGCUCAAUCCAGCUGAUCCAUCUGUCGAUCACAACAAGGCUCGCGAAGCAUGCCACUCAGGUACCGGGCAGUGGUUGUUAAACAACCCUCGAUAUCUCACCUGGAAGUCCCAGAUGAAUUCCUUUCUCUGGCUGAAUGGGAAUUCCGGUACAGGGAAGACUAUUCUAAGCUCGACUGUCAUUGAAGAUAUACGAAACAGCCCUCUCCCCCAACUUCGCGACUGCGCAAUACUUUACUUCUAUAUAACAUUCACAGACCACCAAAAGCAGUCUCUUGACGCUAUUCUUCGAUCUCUGAUCAACCAGCUUUACCGUAGCCGGCAGGAAACUCGACAUUCAAUCACUUCACUCCAUUCGAAUUGUGGUGGCGGGAGUAGUCAAGCAACUGUAGAACAGUUGAAAUCUACCUUUCGCGACAUGCUUGCAGUUGUGGGAGAGGCCUUUAUCCUGGUUGAUGCACUGGAUGAAUACCAGAAACGGAGCACCCAGCGAUGCGAGCUAUUGGCCUGGAUAGAAAGCUUUCGCAACGGGCCAGUCAACACCCAUCUCCUCGUUACAAGCCGCGCGGAACAUGACAUAGAGACCUCUAUCGAAACAUGGGCUGAUUCUGACAGUAUCAUCUCUCUCAGAACAGACAACUUGGGUCGAGAUAUUUCUCAUUAUGUCCGUGAUGUUGUGACCAAGUCCACGAGCUUUCGUCGCUGGCACGGGCAAACAUCAAUCCAGGAUAACAUCGUGAACACUUUGACUGCGAAAGCAGAUGGAGUGUUUCGUUGGGUCUCUCUACAAUUGGAGCGCUUGAAAGACUGCAUCAACAAAGAGGAAGUCAAUACAACCCUUGAGACUCUUCCAACGACUCUUCAAGAGACAUAUUACCGACUAUUGAACGAACUUACAAGUACUAGAAGGAAAUAUGUCAUUCGAAUUCUUCAGUGUCUAGCGUACUCGGACAUCCCAAUGGAGCUCGAAGCUGCUGUCGAUGCUCUCGCGAUAAAUCUUACAGCGCCACCCGGUUCACGAUUCAUUAUGAAAGAACGUAUGCCAUUACCAGCUGAGAUAUCGUCACUUUGUUCUACAUUAUUUGUCGCUGUUUCUAUCCAUCCACUCCUCAUGCACAAUAGAUUAUAUGAUACGAAAUGGACAUGGUAUGAUGAGGCAUUAGUACUGCAAUUAGCCCAUUCGUCCGUGAAAGAGUUUAUAUUAUCCUGCCCCAGGACGGAGUUCGACGGGUUAUUGAUCGAGUCUACCGCAAGGUUGACCAUUACAGAAAUAUGCCUUGUCUACUUCCUGGAAAUGGAUUGUUCCUUGACCGACAAAGAGCUGAUGAGGACACAUCAUCUAUUGCCAUUUGCUGUGGACAGUUGGUUGCGUGAUGCCUCCUGCCGCGGGUCAAGGCUCAGUACCUUCACACACUUGUCAAUGGAGCUCUUUUCGAACCACGUACUCUUCAAACGAUGGAGGAAAUUCAUUGAAACAAGGAUGAAUGAUAAGCACGGAUGGCUUAGGCGUCGUUUACCAAAGCAUGAUCAAGUGUUUUAUGCAAGCUGGUCUGGGGACCAAAGCUGCGUCAAGCAGCUUAUAGACGCAAGCGCCAAGGGGGAUACUACAGCGUGGAGGCUUGAUCCUGCCCUCCAUCCUGCCUCUGAGUUUGGCCAUUUGGAAACCGUUGCGCUUUUAGUUCGAGAAGGUGCUGAUGUCAACGCUAAAGGAAGAACACUUGAUGUCCUCUGUACUGCCGUCAAAGCUGGUCAUACAGAUACCAUUGCACUUUUGAUUAAGGAAGGCGCCAAUGUCAACGCCCAACAAGAAUAUUGGGGCAAUGCCCUCCAACUUGCCAGUGAAUCUGGCCGUUUAGAUAUUAUUGAGCUCCUGAUUAAGGAAGGUGCUGAUGUCAACGCUCAUUCAAGUGUUGCCACUGCCCUUUUUUUUGCCUCGGACUCUGGCCAUUUGGAUAUUGUUAUGCAUCUAGCGGAGGAAGGCGCCGAUGUCAAUACUCAAACACGAUAUGGCACUGCCCUUCAAGCUGCCUCGAGCUCUGGCCAUUUGAAUAUUGUUGUAUUCUUACUGGGAAAAGGUGCUGAUAUUGACGCCCGAACAAGAAGAUCCGAUAACGCUCUUCAAUGUGCUUCCCAGUAUGGCCACUUGGAUAUUGUUAAGUAUCUAUUAAGCAAAGGUGCGGCUGUCAACGCCCAAGAAGGAGAUUCUCGUACUGCUCUUUAUCUUGCCUCUAUCUUCGGCCAUUUGGAUAUUGUUCUAUAUCUGAUAGAACAAGGUGCUGAUGUUAAUGCCCAAGGAGGACUCUAUGGCACUGCCCUUUGCGCUGCCUCCUUCUCCGGCCAUUUGAAUAUCGUUACACAUCUCGUGCAUAAAGGUGCUGAUGUGAAUGCCCAAGGAGGACUCUAUGGCACUGCCCUUUGCGCUGCCUCCUUCUUCGGCCAUUUGAAUAUCGUUACACAUCUCGUGCAUAAAGGUGCUGAUGUGAACGCUCCAGGUUUGCGCAUUAAAAACGCAUUUCAAGCUGCUAUUUACAAUAACCAAGACGCUGUACUCGAAUUCCUUCAAAAUCACAAAGCUGACCUUAGGUACGUCGAUAUGUCAGACUUUCACCGCCAUGAUCCGCCUUAUUGCUAUCGAAGAUUGGAGCUCAUUUUUCACGGGCGGUACAAUUCUGAUACUUCAAGCGCCGCUAGGAAGGCGCCACGUCAUGCGAUUGCAAGAAACACGCUUCAUUAA